UUGAGAUUGACAGCUGCGGGAAUCUGCUAGAAACAUUCUAACAAACACCGUGAGGUUCAGCACAGAUUCAUUGUCUCCCUUUAAUGAGUGAGACUAUUAUACUGGGGAACCAGCGUCACUUGGGAAUUUCUUGCACGAGUAUCUUGCACCAUUAUUUACUGUGUCUUCUAAAACUCAGAGAGGUCAGGUGAUUGUAUUAUAUACUUAUAAAAGACGAGCUGCAGCCAGAGUGGACUUUUUGGAUUCACAGGUGUUGGAAUAUAUUAGAAACGCAUAACAAGCACCAUGAGUGAUCUGCCAGAAGAAUCAUUAAAGAACGCUUUGCUUAAUCUGAAAUGCCAUUUUACAUGGACUGUGGACAUGGAAGCAGUGGCUGAUAUUGACAAUAUAGAAGACGGGCUUCAUCAUCAAAUUGCAUUUUUACCUUCUAUACCCAGACAUAGGCUUCAUAAUUUAUUGUCCUAUACAAAUUAUUUGAAAGGAGACAAUGAAGAAGCAAUUAGACAGCUUCAGGAAGCCGAACAGCACCUGCAAGGAACACAGUCUGUGGAUAUCAAAAGAGCUGUGACCUACAGUAAUUAUGCCUGGCUGUACUACCAUUUAAACCAGUUUAGCAACGCUCAGUCUUACUUAGAAAGAGUGGAAGCCAUUUACAAUAAUUAUGAUUCUUCUCCAGAACAUGAUAUUCUUCUUACUGAGAUAUAUGGAGAACGGGCCUGGGCUCUGUUAACAUUCUAUGGGAAGAACUGUGAAAGGGCUAAAGAGUGGUUUGAGAAAGCGCUAGAGCUAGAUCCACACAAUCCUGAGCUCAAUUCAGGAUAUGCCACAGUCAUGUAUCGCUUAGAAAAUCAAGAUAACAGAUUUUACGCAAACAACAAUUGUGAAUGUUUAGAGUUGCUCAAACGUGCUGUGACAUUAAAUGAAAAUGAUUCUGUGAUUAAAGCUCUUCUUGCCUUGAAAUAUCACUAUUUGGGUCGAGGUGAAGAGGGAGAAACAAUUAUGGAGGAGGCUCUUAGACAAACUCCAGACUCACCAGAUUUAAUUCGACAUGCUGCUAAAUUUUACAGAAGAGAAGGAAAGAUUGAUUAUGCUAUUACCAUUCUCAAGAAAGCCCUAGAAAAAACUCCUACUUCAUGUCAUCUUCACUACGAGAUUGGGCUUUGUUACGAACAAAAGAUGAACAUGUUCGUUUCUUUAGCUACAUCUCAUUUUGAAAAAGUUCUUCAAUAUAAAAAAAGAUUUGUUGAUGCAUAUAUUCAUUUGGCGAAAAUGUAUGUCAAACAAAAUCAAUUUAAAAAGGCGGAAGAUACAUUUCAAAAAGGGCUAAAUCUGGAAAAUCUAACAUGUGAAGACAAACAAGAGAUUCAUUACCAUUACGCAGUUUUUAAGCAAUAUCAAUGUGGGUCUGAAUCUGAAGCCAUAAGUCAUUAUAAAGAAGUAUUAAUGAUACCAAAUAAAACAAGUGUUAGAUCUAAAUCCAAAAAUAAGUUGGAACAGUUGGCUAAACGGAGACAAGACUCGUCAGAUGCAACUGGAUUUGGAUUGUUAGGGUUCAUUCAUCAGCAAGAGGGAGAAAUUAGCCAAGCAAUUGAUUACUAUGAGAGAGCACUGGAACUGGAUCCAGAUAAUGAAGAGUAUAUGAGUGCAUUGCAUUACAUGAGACUCAAUGAAUAACAAGUGAACUAUCUGGAAAACCCCUACAUGCUUUCCCAGAUCAUUUGCAACAGUUUUACUCUACAUCGAACAUUAUUACAUUAAUGUUAUUUAGAAAAAAAUUAAUUUUGUAGCUGCUUACAUGGGUGUCAUUUUCAAUAGCAAAAUGUCUUGCUGAGCUUGCACACGUCUGGCACAGUCCUCUGCUUGGAACUAUCGAUUGAAAAAUAAUAUUGCAAGAAAAUUUUAUUUUUUCUGUCAUACAAAUCAUUUUGCUUGAUCCAAUAUUAAAACAAACAAAUUAAUUUCUAAUAUCACAUGUUAAAUAUGAUUAUUAGCAAGGCAUUACAAAUUAUGUCAAUGUUGUAAAUCAUUCUUGUCCAUAACAAGAAACAAUAAGUCAAUUUGCUUAUGUUUGCUGUCAUUUAUCGGCUGUGCUGUGCAUUUCUAAUUAAAUAUAAUUAAAACU